AUGUUUUUUAGAAGUCACCGAGUUGAUUACUUCAUUUCCAGCUUCACGAAAUUCAUAGCGGGCUCCCUGUUUAUUGUAGGAUGCCUCCUACUGUUGACAGCAUUCAAGUAUUCGACUAGCUCUCACGAAAAAUUGACAAGAUCCGGUGAGAGUCAAAGGUCUUUUGGAAACUUUACAGACACUCAUCUCUCAACGAAUAUAAAGAAUGGAUUACAGAGUAUUAGGACUGUAGAAACUAAAAAUUCAAAAUCUCCAAAUAUUGGUACCAUUAAAACGUGGUAUAAAGAGUACUUUCCAGACAAUCACUUUGGUAAAAAAGUAUCUAUAAUACUGGGCCUCUUUCGCAAGAAAGUGGCACUCCAUGGUAGAAGCUUAAUCAAUCCUCACAAUUUUAAGUAUAUUCACAACGUUCCAAAUGCUUGCAUAGGACGAAAUAUCGAACUGAUAGCGGGUAUACCAACUCAAACAUGGGGACAGUACGGAUCAGUUCCUGCAAAUAAUGCAGUUGUUCUUUUCUUCUUGGGUUCGAAGGAAGACGAAGCUCUCCAGGAAAAGAUCAACUUUGAGGCCUUGAAAUACGGUGAUAUCGUGCAAGAACAUUUUAUUGAUUCCUAUCGUAAUCUGAGCCUUAAAACAGUUGCAAUAAUGAAAUGGGUAAGCAUUUAUUGUGCUGACUCAACAUUUGUACUAAAAGCUGACGACGAUAUGUACAUUAACAUACCCCGAUUAGUAAUGAGGCUCCGUGAACAACUGAAACGUGGACCAGUGUUUAUUCUUGGUGCCGUCCAUUAUAAUACAGAACCCUUUCGGGAUCAGAAAAAUAAAUGGUUUGUAACCUUUGAUGAAUAUCCAGCUAACAUGUUCCCUAACUAUAUGUCUGGAACUGCAUAUGCAAUGACGUCUACGGCUGCUAUCAGAUUAUACGUGGAAUCUCUCUAUGUAAGGAAUCUAUUUCUAGAAGAUGUCUAUCUUACAGGUAUUGUUGCUGACAAAGCAGCCGUCCCCAGAGUAAAGGAAGCCGACUUUACCUGGGGCAAAUUUGAUCCUGAGGGAUGCAACUUCAAAAAUAAAAUAAGCGGACACAAAAACUCACCUGAAGAAAUAAGAAAAAUACACAGAGAAUUAUUUGAUCCCAAUUUAAGAUGUCAUUAG